AUGCGAAGCUGUGUUACUCGCUACUACACUAACUUUGGGCUUGUCCUGUUUUGCGUUAACCAUACAAGUCGAGCAAUGGCCCUAAAAAAAGGGAUGCAGAACACAUUGCUGUUGAUGGUAAUAUUUUUAAAUCAUCUCUCAUCUAUACUUGGAAGCCCUUCGCCUUACCCACAUCCAACACUUGCUCCUCAGAAGCCAGGCUGUGGGUCUUAUGGGCAAAGCCCUUGUACGUUUGUUCCAGCCCCACCUGGGGUGACACCAAAGUGUGCCUCUCCAGGCGCAACGUUUUGUGAGUCUAAUCCUGACUAUCCUUCCUACCUCAUUAAGCACCUAGUUGAAUCGCUCGGCUACCAGCGCAUUAUUGCCAACGAGGAGAUGGUUGACUUCGGUGCAAACAAACCGAUGGAAGAGGAGGAACAUCACCAUCAUCAUUAUCAUCACUUUUAUGGUUCGUUCAGCCCAAUGGAACCAUCCAAAUCGCCAUCCAGCAAGCCACCAUCCCCAUCAGGUCCUGCGUACAAUUAUAUUACACCAGUACAGCAAGCCCACGGUACAGUAAACUACGAGCAAAAGCGCCCAGCACCGGUUCCACAACCGAUCUACAUUCCAAAGCCUCAACACUCGUACCACUACAACUCGUACGUGCGUGCUCCAAUGUACAACCGACCUGGAGGAUCUGCCGCCGGUGCUUCCAGUUCCGGUCAGGGAUACUUUUAUCCACCGCCCACCGGCGGAUCUUCACACGGGUCCAAUUCACUGUCCUCCGUUACCCAGUAUAGUCCAGCCGAUUGGUUAAAACGUUUCGCCCGGGAUUUAUCGGAUAAGCAUAGGCGUGAGGCACGGUUAGCUGCGUUGCGCCGUGUGGAUGAAUCGAUCGAUCCGAUCGAAACGGAACCGACUCCAUUCCGUCGUCCGGCAGUGGUGAAUGAAACGGUCUAUGAGCGUCUGCUGGCGAAACAUAAUCGUCCCAAGAGGCAGAGCGAACUGGGGAAAGAAACGCUGUGCAGUGUGAGGGAACGAUACAUCACACCGCAGACGGCACUCAACACAAAAGGAAAUUGGAUGUUUGUGGUAAAUCAGGAAAACUCGCGACAGCUCGUCAAAACGGAAGUUUGUGCGUCAAUGGAAUGCUCCAACCUGUGCAGUUUUCCGGUAGGCUAUAGUUCCCGGUGUGAGCAACGGUACGUCCAGAAGCGGCUGGUAACGCUGGAUCCGAAUGGAAGGAACCUUUACGUGGACACUUACUGGUUUCCAAGCUGCUGCGUGUGUUCCUUAUAUUCUGGAAACAGAGUUUAG